AGAGGAACCCGGGGCCCGCACUGAACCAGAUGGCUGAGCACCGGCCUGGGCCGGGCUCCUGCAGGCCCUGCGGGCACUGCCCGGCGGUGGCGGAACUCCAUUUCCCAGCGGGCUCCGCACGCCCGCCGCGGAGGCUGGGCCGGGAAGAUGGCGGCGCCCGUGUCGCCCUUGGUUACUGCGCGCUGUCUGCUGAGGGCUCCGGCGCGGCGAGCCGCCCGCCUGCUGCCGGCCCUGCGGAGAGCAUACACAGCUCAGAGAGAUGAGGAGGCAGCCCCUGCUUCUCCUACAGAUGCUAAUGCCAGAGCCUUACAGGUUUGCCAUGGCCCUUUAGAACAUUAUGACUUUUUGAUUAAGCAAAAAGAGCUGAAGAACGAUGAGCAGCAAAGAAAAGUUGUGCAGCACCUGCAGAAGUUGCACGACAGCCUUAAAGGCUACAGCAUCAGUUCAAAAAAUCUUCUUUCAAAGCUUUUUGCAAAAACCAAACCCCCAAAAGGUCUUUAUGUCUAUGGAGAUGUUGGCACAGGAAAGACGAUGGUGAUGGACAUGUUCUAUGCUCACCUAGAAGUAGAAAGAAAAAAGAGAGUCCAUUUUCAUGGCUUCAUGCUAGAUGUACACCAGAGAAUCCAUCGCCUCAAGCAGAGCUUGCCAAAAAGAAAAGCAGGAUUUAUGGCCAAAACAUACGACCCAAUUGCACCAGUAGCAGAGGAAAUCAGUGAAGAGGCUGCUCUCUUGUGUUUUGAUGAAUUUCAGGUCACUGACAUUGCUGAUGCCAUGAUUCUGAAGCAGCUUUUUGAAAACCUCUUCCAAAGUGGAGUUGUGGUUGUGGCAACAUCUAACAGGCCUCCAGAAGAUCUCUAUAAAAAUGGCCUUCAGAGAGCUAAUUUUGUCCCAUUCAUUGCUGUGCUGAAGAAGUACUGCAGCAUAGUCCAGCUUGAUUCUGGAAUAGACUACAGGAAACGAGUGCUUCCUGCUGCUGGAAAGCUCUACUACCUCACAAGUGAAGCUGAUGUGGAGGCUGUCAUGGAUAAGUUGUUUGAUGAGCUGGCUCAGAAACAAAAUGAUUUAACUAGACCAAGGAUUCUAAAAGUGCAAGGCAGAGAGCUGAGGCUGAAUAAAGCAUGUGGAACCAUGGCAGACUGCACGUUUGAAGAGCUGUGUGACAGACCUCUUGGGGCCAGUGACUACUUGGAGAUAUCAAAGCGUUUUGACACGGUCUUUGUUCGUGACAUCCCGCUGCUUACAAUGGCAAAAAGGACACAAGCUCGGCGUUUCAUUACCCUCAUUGAUACCUUUUAUGAGCACAAGGUGCGCAUUAUUUGUUCUGCAGUGACUCCUCUCCAAAGCUUGUUCCUGGUAGAGCAUGGCAGUGGUGAGCUAGAGGACAGCAGAGUGUUGAUGGAUGAUUUGGACCUGAGCCAGGAUUCUGCCAAAGGACUCUCCAUGUUUACAGGAGAAGAGGAGAUCUUUGCCUUUCAGCGAACUCUCUCACGCCUUACAGAAAUGCAAACUGAACAGUACUGGCAAGAUGGGGACAGGAGCAAAAAGAGUUCUAAUUAGGAGCCAAAUAAAAUCACCAAGAAGUGAAAACAGAGAAUUGGGAAACUUUGUUUUGCACAACUGAAAUAGCAGUAAUUGCACUUGAUCAUCUGGACCACUUUUUCUUUCUUCGCUUGUUUUUUUGUGCUCAAGACAUGAGGACUCAGCUGCUUCUCUCUACCACCAGAAUCAUAGAAUCAACCAGAUUGGAAGAGACCUCCAAGCUGAUCCAGUCCAAACUAGUACCCAGCCCUAGCCAGUCAACCAGACCAUGGCACUAAGAGCCUCAUCCAGUCUUUUCUUGAACAUCUCCAAACAAGGCAAGGUGACUCUACCACCUCCCUGGGUAGCCCGUUCCAAUGCCAGUCACUCUCCCUGGCAACAACUUCCUCCUAACAUCCAGCCUAGACCUCCCCUGGCACAACUUGAGACUGUGUCCCCUUGCUCUGUUGCUGGUUGCCUGGCAGAAGAGACCAACCCCACCUGGCUACAGCCUCCCUUCAGGUAGCUGUAAAGAGCAAUGAGGUCUGCUCUGAGCCUCCUCUUCUGCAGGCUGCACACCCCCAGCUCCCUCAGCCUCUCCUCACAGGGCUGUGUGCCAGGCCCCUCACCAGCUUUGCUGCCCUUCUCUGGACACCUUCCAGCACCUCAACAUCUCUCUUGAAUGGAGGAGCCCAGAACUGGACACAGCACUCAAGCUGUGGCCUGACCAAUGCUGAGUACAAGGGGAAGAAUAACCUCUAUUGUCCUGCUGGCCACACUGUUCCUGAUCCAGGCCAGGAUGCCAUUGUCUCUGCUGCCCACCUGGGCACACUGCUAGCUCAUGUUCAGCUACUAUUUACCAGCUCCACCAGGUCCCUCUCUGCCUGGCUGCUCUCAGCCACUCUGUCCCCAGCCUGUAGUGCUGCUUGGGGUUGUUGUAGCCGAAGCGUAGAACGCUGCACUUGGCCUUGUUAAAUCGGUCCUGUUCAGUGCAGGGGGGUUGGACUAGAUGACCUUUGGAGGUCCCUUCCAACCCAAACCUUUCCAGGACUGAAUGACACUAUAGCUGGAUAGAUGUCACCUACUUUGUAGCACUUUAAACACAAAGAAAAGCUGACCAGGUCUCAAACAGUGCUCAGCAUGGUCUCCAGCCAUCUCACCAGGGGGAAGACAAGUCUGUCCAGUGAAACCUGUCAGGAAGAAAAUCAAGAUCCAGGAGUUUUCUUUCUGCAGUCACCUGGAGAUGAAUAAUGCCAGUGCCUCAGUUUCCCUAUGAAUAAAAUGGGAUUUGUUACUUUCUUGUUUGCUAACACUGGAGUGCUGCCAGAAUUCACUCAUUAAUAUUCUAAGGCGCUUGGUGAGACUCUGGGAUGAAAAUACUUCAGUGAAGUAGGUAAACAGUGCAAGAAAAAAGAGGUAGCUACUCAACAGUGGAUUAGUUUCCUUGUUUGGGUCACAGAAUGACUGCCAGCAGCUAAACACCACAUGCCUCUUGGUAGUGAGGAUUUUGUUUAGGUGUGCAUCUGUUUUAAAUAACCCCCAAGCCCUGGGGUUUGUGAUGAAACCUCUAACCAGUUCAGGUAGUUGUUCUUACACCUGUAAUGACAAAUGUCCUUUCUGAUUCGUUGCAGCCUUAGCUCCUGUUCUUGUGACCUUCAGUGGCUUUGUAAAUCCUGUUGGGAUUUGCCUUCUACACUGAGGAAUUUUUAAAGAGAUGUGAUUUUGAGUCUAAUUUCUAACAAAGUGAACUCUGUUAAGUCCUUCUGGCAUUUCAGAAGAAUUUCUGUUGUAAUAAAGAAAAACAAAUCCAGAUUUUAUAAACCUUUCAGCUGUUGUUCACACACAGUUUAAGGUCUGUGCUCUCAAGAGGUAGGCCUUGUCUUAACUACUUUAUCAGGCUGGGGGGCUUAUUUUUACCUCUGUCUCGAGGAGGAGACAGCAUUGGUCAUUGGUGGGCACUUGGUUGCCUGGAUGAGCCAAGGCACCACAGACCAUUGUCCUACAUUUGGCUCAGCUUGCUAGAAGAGUCCUCCUCCAGAGGCAGUUUAGACUUGUCCUCCAUGCUUACUGCUGCUAGCAGCCCUAAUUGGGGGGUUUGGAAUCCUUUUUCCACUCAUUUGACUAAUUUCUCCAGCAACUUGAGAGUGAGGUGCUCCAGCUGAGUGCAAACCAUAGCUGAAAUGCUCCUUUUUUCUGUUCAUCUGAGGUAGUUAGUGUUGAAGAUCUGCUUUUGCUGUCAGCCAGGUAGUUCUGCAUUCAGAUGGGACAGGUUUCACACAGCCUGGGAAAUUGCCCCUAGGAAGCCAUUGGUUAACACUUAGGCAGGCAGAGAGGUGCCUGCACUGCUGCUUUAGGAGGGUCUGAGGGUUGCUGCAGCACCCCAGUGCAGGUGCCCUCAUGCAGCACCCCUUAAUACUGAGAAUGGGAGAGCAAAGCUGCAGCAGGACACUUCCCUGUGGAUGCCAGUGGCAGAUAGUUGGCCAGUUCUUGCUGACACAAGGCCAGCAAUGAUUUACAGUCCAGGCCAAAGGAACCAGGGGGGUGACAUUUUUAUUAACAAAGGUGAUUUUUUUUUUGUCUAUUUCUAUACCUUCUACUGGAAACAUUUCAGUUUCUCCAUUCCUUGAAUACUUAUCAUACUGAGUAUCAAGCUGGGGCCAACUUGCUUCCAAGCAAUGAAGCAUCCAGUGCUUGAGAAGAGCAUCCAGAAAAAAAGUCUUCAUGUCCUGUGACUAAUCCACAGAGGUCUGUGAAGCAGGAGGCUGCACUGUGGCCAGUGGUGGCAUGCACUGUUACUCAUGGAAGCACUGGCUCCUUCUCCAGACUCAUUUCAAUGCUAGGUUUGUUUUGUUUUUCCAUUUUCUCCUCCAGCAUCCUGCAGCAGUGAGCUAUCAAGGGCUAACUAGGAAUUCUGCUCAAAAAUAUAUCCAUUUUCAUGCUUCCUUGACUCUUUCAAAAUACUUGAUGAACAGAUGCAGCCAAUCUGCUGUUUCAGUUUUGUUUGUCCAGUGGAUGUGUCUCUCAUGUCUUCCUGAUCCAUUUCCUCUCAGAGAUGAGCAAUCCCCAGCAUGUCCAUCUCUUGUCAGAAGAGUGCUGCUCAUUUUUGGGAUAGAGUCAUAGAAUCAACCAGAUUGGAAGAGACCUCCAAGCUCAUCCAGUCCAACCUAGCACCCAGCCCUGUCCAGUCAACCAGACCAUGGCACUAAGUGCCUCAUUCAGUCUUUAACUCCACCUCAUUUCUGAUACAGGAGCACAGCUUUGUCUGUCGCAGCUUCCCCUGGGCUCGGAGUUCCUUGCUGCUUGGCUUUGGGCCUCGAGAGCUCUGGCACAUGUGAAGAACAAGGUGUGGGAUCUGGAGGUGCAGAAGUUUAUGACCCUUGGGUUGGGGCAGUGCUUGCAUUUGCCUUUCUGUCCACUGAGGAGAAGGACUUGCAGUGGCAGUCCCUUGUGCGAGAGCAGAGAGAGGAUGGAGCAGCUGGAGGAUGCAGGCCACUUGCUCCCUCUCCAGCCUUCUGCAUUCUCCACGUAUUUGUAAACCAACGUUUGUUUUGAAUUGAAUUGGAUUCUAAGGGUGCCAUUAAAAUACAGAAAUGCUUCUCACUGA